GUCCGGAGGAUUCACUCAGAGCCGCACGUGGCUGUGCGCGCCACAGGAGGCGCGUGGACGAGCGCGCCACAGACAGUGAAAAACAGACACAACUCCAGGAGUUUACACGUGGAGGUACGGAGCGCGUGGUCACUCCUGUGGUCACUCCUGUGGUCACUCCUGUGGUCACUCCGCGCGGUCCGGUCACGCGCCGUGGUCAUGGCGUGUUACUUCGUCGUGAUCCGGUCCACGCGCCUGCGGGACGGACAGCUGAGGAGCAUCAAGGGAGUGUUCAGGGGCCCGAUAGGAGCCAGAGGGGCCCCGAGAGAGGGUAAAUGCUCUGGUCUGUACUGUGAGCUGUGUGACAAACAGUACGAGAGACAACAGCAGUACGACAACCACACCAGCUCCUACGACCACCACCACCGCCAGCGUCUGAAGGACCUGAAGCAGAGGGAGUUUUAUCGACAGCUGAGGAGCAGACGGCGGAGGAGAGGCCGAGAGCAGUGGCCCCGGAGCCCCCUGCAGGUGAAACACAGCGUUUCAGGUUUGGGUCCGAUGUUCCGAAACACGACGGUGGCCCUGGACACAGCGGACGAGCCGACCGUCCUCACCGGCUGCACUAAAGAGCAAGUUCGGAGCCGCUCACAGUGGGGUUCCAGCGACCUGAGUUCACUGGACACCGCGGCCGCAUCAAUCGAUCACAUCAUCAAUGAAACUGCUCGACCUCCAGAGGCUCAUCGCUGUGUAAACUGCACUGUUCCUCCUGCAGCCGCUGACGACGAUCGCAACGGCAACACGCACACACCACCUGACCCGCACACACCCAGCGCACACACCCACACGCGCCCGGUCUGCUUCUCUCUGCCCAAAAGAAACUGUACGCUCCUCCACCAAUCAGCCGCUGUCUUUCUUCAACCUCCAACAUCCAAAGAGAACGAGACCAAGACUCCUCCAAACGUGGACCGUGCGGACGUGGAGACUUCAUCAGACUCGAACGAACAAACAGAUCCCAUAAGUGCGACCCUAAAGCCAACACAGAACGAGCGAAUGGACUCACAGCGCCCAAAGGAGCCGUUCUGUCGCGUCCUGAGCCGUGACGGUGCCACCCUCCUCCUCUGGCCGUCGGAGAUGGUCAGCUACACCCGCGCCGCCCCCUCCAUCUCAUUCAGCGUCAACCCUCUGCUGCACGACUUUAAAGCUGAAAACACAAACAAGGAAGUGUCUGUGGACAAGAGUGGAGAGCCGGGGAGAGGGGAAGGAUUUGUGAUCAAACGGGCCGAGCGGGAGCAGAGGCAGGAGGAGGCGCAGGGACCGGGACCAGGAGAGGGGCUACGGAGCGCACAGAGACUGAGAGGAGGGUUAGGGAGCGCACAUGAACGAGAGCAUGAAGACUCACACUCAGCUGCAGCUAUAUUUGUGGCUCAUUGUGUCUCAAGCUCUUGCGAUGAAAGUGCUUUAAAGUGUCCCCUCGAUUGUGAGUUCAAAGGUCACCGUGAACCGCGGACAAAACGAAGGAGAGGCAAAAGAAGGAACCGAAAAAGAAGGACAAAUAGAGCAGCGAGGAUCAGUAAGAAAAUAAGAAAACUACAAGCAAACUCAGUGAGAAUGAAUCAAGUGAACUCACAAGAGCUGAGAGCAGACCUCGAGACACCAGACCUCGAGAGACCAGACCUCAGGGACCCCAAACACAGAAGAAAACACCAGGCUGCUUCAAAUGACCAGAAAAGAGCACAUCUAUUAAGCCAUCUUCCUGUCAGUCACUGUAAUGGCGGAGAGCAGCUGUGUGCACAGGUGAACAGCCAGGCCAGACGCCAUCUACCCCUGCAAUCAAACUCCCAACGGAGCCCAGGUUUCAGAAAAACGCCCAGUGGGGGAGCGGCUUGUAAUGCAGCGAUUAGCCUUGUCCCGCGCGCUGAUAUAGAGACGCCACGCUGUCCUGCAAUUACACCCUGCCCCGCUUCGAGCCGCGUGGAUGUGUGCGAGCCUCCCGCAGAGACACAGCUGCGAGAGAACCACAUGCUGCCAGAGAACGGAGCAAUGAGGAAGGAACUGUUGGGGAAAAGGACUUUUGAUAAAACGUUUGACCUAAACACACUCCGCGAUCAGGUUCAAAAUGUCCCUGUCGAACCUCACACUGUCCCCGUCGUGGCACCCGGGGCAGAUGACCCCUCUCCCUCACCGCCGCUCCCUCAAACACAUGUUCACUGUGAUGUCUUUACUGAAGCGCCUCCAAAAAAGGUCAAAAAAGAGAAAGACACAGAAAACUUCCUCGGUUUAAUCUGCACACGCUCUGAACCGAACCUCCAGGAGGCCCACGCUCCACGGGAGGUAAACGCCGUCACACGUCCUACCACACAGAUGAGCACAAACGGCAGAACCAAAAGAAACACCGGCGUCCAUUUUGUCACACACAGUUCGUCUGGAGAAGUCAAACAAACCGGUACCACGACAUCAGACCGAGCGGCGCAGAACGGCUCAAAACGUGAUCCCGGUGAAUGUCCGAGUGCUGAUUCUGCACGGGACAAGCGCAGGAACAGAUGUGGACUAAACGAAACGGCGAAAAAUGAACCAACGGAACAUCUGACCUCUGUAUCCACAACUGUAACGGGCCUGAUCUCUGCCAAAGCCCACGCCCGUCAGUGGGAUCACACGCAUCACUUCACUAAUUGUAAUUACUCAGAAAAAGACGCUGGAGUUGUCGUGGUGAUUAGCGCACAUCCUGAUCAAAGAAGAAAACCAGAACGAGAGAUCAGAAAGAAGCCGACGAGGGAGGGAGAGUGGGCCGGCCUCCCCCUCCCCCUCCCGCCGCUCUACCUCCCCCUGCCUCCGCCGCUCUACCUCCCCCUCACCCCCGUCCCCGCCCACUUCUCCCCUCACCCGUCUCCGCUGCCUCCUCUGCCGCCCCCCGCCUUCUACGCCUCAGCUCCGGUGCCACCUCUCCAGAGACCGGCGUACCCCCUGCCCGCCGCCCUGUACGCCCCACCACCACCACCACCACCUCCUCCUCCGCCUCCGCCGCCAUUUUUACCGAUGCAGCUGAUAGUUUCAAAGGCAACUUCCCUUUACUGGACUAACUGA